AUGCGAAUCCAAAAAAAUGAGGCUUUUGAUGAAAAUAAGUUUAAAUUUACUGGAGUCACACAGUUACCAGAGUUUAUUGAAAAACUUGAAACACCGGCAUAUUUUUUCUUGUUUUUAUUUUCUGAGGAUUUGAUACAAACUAUAACAAAUCAAUCUAAUUUAAAAUCCGUACAAGACAAUAUAUACAAACCCGCUAACAUAACCAAACAAGAAAUAGAGCAAUUUAUUGGCAUGGUAAUUUUCAUGUCUAUAGUGAAAUUACCUGCGUCACGAUAUUACUGGAACAAGACUUUAGGACAGCAACAAAUUUACGAAACUAUGACACGCAAUAGGUUUGAAACAAUAAAAAAUAAAUUACACUUCAAUGACAACAAUAAUUAUACCCCGUUGGGCAGUCCAGGUCAUGACAAGUUAUUCAAAGUGCGCCCACUUUUAGAUGGCAUUAGGGAGCAACUUUUACUAGUUCCCAAAGAGGAAUAUCUGGUAGUUGAUGAACAGAUAGAUAAUCAUUACGAAAGUUCGUCAUGA